AUGAAGCCCUCAUUGCUACUCCUGUCUCACCUCUGCCUGUUCAGCCUCAUGCCUCCCUCGUGGGCAUCAGACUCGGCACAAGGUGCCUCCAGCCUCACUUGUUGGUAUGACUCACGGGCGGCUCUCUUCUGCGACUGGGACCCAGGCAGGGACCUGACUGAAGCACCAUGCCAGCUGGAGAUUUUAUCAAAGAAAGGCUUUUGUGACAGGUGGUUAAAUCCCUCACCUGAAAAAUGCAAGAAGUACUGCAAAUUAUUCAAGACAGAGCAUAUGACAGGACUGAGGAGAUGCAUCAAAACCUUCAACCAAAAUGCUAAUAAUCAGUGCUUCACCAUUUCAGACCGUCUUAAUUUGUCUGUAAAUUGCCACACUGCAGAGAAUAAAACCAAAAUACCUGCACAAAUAAAAAACUUCAAUCCAUUUGCAAAUAUAAAGCUGAGGCCUCCAGAAAACCUUCAGCUGGUUAACAUAACUGAAAACACCUCCAACCUAACAUGGAGCCUGACUAUUUCCUCUCACUAUUUGGAUGGGAUGCGGGAGUACCAAGUGCGGUACCGACACGUGAGUCAGUCCUGGGAGGAGGCUGUAAACUUGCCCAUUGAACAGGACCAGAUGUGGACAAAUUUUGAGAGACUCUCACCCAACUCGAAAUAUGAGGCAGCUGUCCGUGCAAGGCCAAGUGCCAGAAGCAACUACAAAGGCGUGUGGAGUGACUGGAGCAAGCCAGUCCUGUGGAGGACACACGCUGACCGUAAGGGAACAUCCCAGCCAGUCCUGCCAGUUCUGAUAGUGAGCACUUUUGUCUUCGUGAUCAUUGGGACUGCCUUCCUCAUUAACUUACGGACCCUGAAAUGGUUUAAGAAGAUCCUGAAGAUUCACAUCCCAGACCCUGAGAAGUUUUUUCCCCCACUUGUUUCUGUUCACGGAGGUGACAUUCAGAAAUGGCUCUCCUCCCCAUUCUCCACAUCUUCCUACUCUGUGAACAGUGCAACCCCAGAGAUCUCCAUGCUCGAGGUGAUGCAGAAGAAUGACCAGGAAUCCCAGUUUCUACUUUCCAAGGGAGCCCUGACUCCUGAUCCUCCCACAGAAACCAGUGUGCACUCUGGAUCCAGCUGCUUCACCAACCAAGGCUACUUCUUCUUCCACCUUUCCAACUCCUUUGAGAUCGAGCCCUGUCAGGUCUACUUCACCUAUGAGCCUUUCACCCAGGAGGGCAGUGGCAGCAAGGCUGGUGAGUGUUACCAGGCUCUCCCCUCCCCAGACCUCUGCACACUGGCAGAGGACAUGAAUGUGUUGCCCAGCAACUUCUUUCACUGCAUCGAGGCAACCCCAGGCUUCCAAAAGAGCUCCUUGGUGGAAGAGACAGCAGGUGAAGCCCAGCAGGCCAUGGCUGUUCCGGAGGCUCUCCAGUCGAGUGAAAGCACCUCAACAACAUCUGUUCUGGGACAGGAUGAGAAGGUGAUGGACAAAGCAGUUUCACAACCUGCUGAGGCCGUGUGCCAGCUGGACACGGACUUUCCUGACCAGCUGGACCUGCAGGACAGCGGUGCUGUCAGUGUGAUGGAGGGGAGUGGGAAGGGAGGCCCUCCAACUGACCCCUGCACACCAGCACCUAGUGCUGCCUCUUCCUUCUCCCAGCCUCCACUGCUAAGACAAAGACAGGAUGAGGAUCCAUGCAAAACAGCCUUCUCUAGCCAGGUCCCAAACACUGGUGCCUACCUUUCUCUGAGGGACCUCCAAGGCCAGUACAGCCAUUGCUCUGUCUAGGAUCUGCAUGGAGGAGACCCACAAGGAGACCCACAGAUGGGAAAGGCCACCUCUGCAGGGAAGGCUGGAUGGACAGUUUCUCU